AUGACGACCGACGUGUUCGUUGCCCCAGAAAUGUCAGGCCCGGCUGACACCAUCAACGAGAAAGGCGCCUUGGCGGCUACGGAUGCCUUGGACAGCAGAACAAUGACCCCAGGGAGCCCCGAGAAGCAAAGUCUGGCAAUUGGGAAGACCCGCAAGAGGUUAGACCCAUUGGAUCCGUCAUUCCAGCCCAAGGAGAUGCAAAAAGUGGUCCAAGAGGCCAUUCUUCUUGCGGGUGGCGCGGUCGCAAUCCUGCUCCAGGUCGCCAACCCCGGUGUGGGUCGGGGAGUCAAUGAACACAGCAACUUCGCGUACAGGCCUGUGGAUCGCCUGCGGACCACCAUGACGUAUGUUUACUGCAUGGCGUUUGGUUCUGUGGACGAGAAGAAAACCAUUAUUGAUAUGGUCCACCGGGCUCAUGCCCCUGUCCAGGGGGCAACUUAUUCCGCAAACGAUGUCGACCUUCAGCUGUGGGUUGCAUCGACUCUGUACGCGGUAGGGCUCGAUAUCACCGAAAAGAUUUUUGGAAAAUUUGACGACGCUAAGGCCGACGAAAUCUACCAGGAGUACGCUGUUCUGGCCACGACACUGCGAGUGCCCCCGGAGAUGUGGCCCGUAGACCGGAAAGCGUUCUGGGAGUACUGGGACCGCAGUAUUGCAAGCUUUGAAAUUUCAGCUCACGCUAUCAGUGUCGGCAAGGAUCUUCUCUGGAACAAGGAGCUCCCAUUGUGGGCUAAGAUUAACAUGCCUGCGCUGCGUCUGAUGACGGCAGAAUGGUUGCCACCGCACAUGCGAGACGCGUAUGGUCUCAAGACUUCAAAAUCCCGCAAGAGGGCUUACAAGGUCUUGUUGGGGGUCACCAAGACGGUUUACCCUCAAUUACCUAUGUUCAUUCGAACAUACCCGAUGAAGUUCUACUUGAAGGAUAUGCGCCGAAGGAUGAAGAAUAUGGCUUAG